GGAUUUCAUCCUUAUUUUGGGUCCAACCCCUUAUUAAUGUUUUUCUGUAACAGGACAUGAAGAAUAUACACAAGGCAAUAACUAUUUCUUAAAAUUGUGUUAAUAGAACUUGGGUGCACUGAGUAAUGUAGCUAUUGUGGUUUUUUCUUGACAGGUUUGUUGUUGGAGUGGCAGCACAUAUAGAAGAGUGGACCUCUGAGUCAUGCUUCCCUUAUUUUCUUUGUAUUGAUUCUCUGAGCUGCUGUAGUAGAAAAUGUUUAAAGAAGUAGGCAGGCUAGGAUGUGUCACUGGUGAGGUAGCAUGUACUGUGUGCUGCUACUGUGGCACUUGCCACUGUCUUCAGAUGUACCUUUUUUUUUAAUUUGCUGUAUGGAUGUACGCUGUCUAGACGAGAUCUUCAGAAUGCUGGACAUAACAGAAAAGACAGACUGAAAGGGGAGGGGAGGCUGUGUGUGAGCAUUCUGCAAGUAUAGAUACUACUUGGCUGUCAGCAGGUUUGUCCCCUUCUAUAAAUGGAAGUUUUUAAUAAUACCAGAACAGAGAAUUUGCUUCUUACUGAAGUACUAGCUAUCAAUUUCCUUUUAAAUUAGGCAUUUGCUGUUAGUUGCUAUCACAGUUAAAACAUAUUGUUUUGCAACUAAAUAAAACCUUUGUUACCUAGUAUGCAGAGUACCUAGGAGCAUAAUCAAAAGCUUCCCCCAAUGCCUCUUAUACAACUGUAUCAAAUUAAUAAUAAUUAUUAUUAUCAUUAUUAUAAUCAUCAUCAUCAUCCCAUCCUUCCUCCCAAAGAAGCCCAGGGAUGCAAAUACAUCAACAAAACAAUUUAACAACUAAAAACAAUUAAAACAUUCUUUCAUCCAUUGAUCUCUGGGUUGCCAGGAACAGUCCCCUUCAGCUGUCAAAUUUAUGGGUAUACAGGAAUGUGUUCAAAUUCCUCUAAAAAGUCAAUAAUGUCAGAGACGGACAUAUCUAACCAGAGGGCAUUCCACAAAUGGGGAGCCACCACUGAAAAGGCCUUGUCACAGCCAACUGGGGAGCCCCCAGUGGUGGUACCACCACCAAGGCCUCACCUGCCAGUGGUAGCAUCUGAGACAGUUGAUACUGAUACUGGGGAAGGUGCUUUUUUAAGUACAUGGGUACCAAACCAUUUAGGGGGUUAUAUGCUAGUACUAACACCUUGAAUUGGGCCAGGUGCAGCACUUUCAGGAUCGGUGACACAUGGUCCUGUUCUUCACCAGCCGCAGCCUCUGACACAUCUUCAAGGGCAACCCCACAUAUAGUGCAGUACACUAGUCCAGAUGGGAAGUUACCAGAGCAUGGACAACUGAGGCCAGGCUAACCCAGUCCAGGAACGGCUGUAGCUGGUGAAUUAGCCUAAGUUGGGCAUAAGAAUUUCUAGCCAGAGAAGCCAUUUGAGACCCAGAGACAAAUUGUAAUAGUAACAGUGCUCCCAGACUACAAACAUGUUCUUUCAGGGGGAGUACAAUUCCUUCCAGAACAGGCCACACAUCUAAUUCCUGCAUGUGGGAACUAUCUGCCCACAAAACAUCUGUCUUAUCAGAAUUCAGCCUCAAUUUGUUGGCCCUCAUUAAGCCCAUCACUGCCUUCAGACACCUGAGCAACACUUUCACAGUCUCACGUGAUUCCGAUGGAGUGGAAAGAUAGAGGUGCAUGUCAUUAACAUAUUGAAGACCAUGCUUCAAAUCCCCACGUGACAGCUCCCACUGUUUUCAUAUAGAUGUUAAAUAGCAUAGGAGACAGAAUGGACUAUUAAGACCGCAGAGCUCAAAAGCCAUGGAGCCAAGCAACAAUCUCCUAGUACAUUCUGGUAGUGGCCCUGCAGGUAAGAGGGGAACCACUGUAAUACAGUACCUCCAACUCCCAUAUCCUUCACUUGCUUCAGAAGAACACCAUGGUCCAUGGUAUCAAAAGCCACUGAGAGGUCAAGGAGAACCAAGAAGCUCUCUCUCUCAGUAAAGGUCAUCAGCCAGGACUGCCAAGGCUGUUUGCGUGCCAAAACCAGGCCAGAAAUCAGACUAGAACAGAUCUAGAUAAUCUGCUUUCUCCAGGCAUACCUGCAGCUGGCUGGCCACCAUCCUCUUGAUCACCUUGUCAAGGGAGAGAGUAUUAGAGACUGGAGUGUAGUUUUCUAAAACUUCUGAUUUCAGACAGGACCUCUUCAAGAGGGGGUGCACCACCGUCUCUUUCAAGGCAGUGGGCGCGUAACCCUUCUGUAGUGAGGCAUUGACCAUUCCCUGGACCUAUUCAUUCAAUCCUCUUCUACUAGAUUUUACCAGUCAUGAUGGGUAAGGAUCAAGAGGGCAUGUAAUCAGCCUCAUCACUGCAUCCGUGGACUGCAACAAUUGAAACUGAUCCUACAAGCUAUAAUUUGACAGUGCUCCAGGGACCUCCAGCAAGCCUGAACCAGUUGUGGCAUCAAGUUCAGCACAGAUCCAAAUAAUUUCCCUCUCAAUGUGAUUCACAAAUCUCUCACAAAAGGCUAUUGAGUGGUCCUUUGGACCAGCACAUAUUUGGGAUUGUUUGGAUUUCUUCAGCCAUGUAAGAACACUAAGCAAGAUGGCUUGUUAGAAUAAAUGGGUUAUAAUUCCUUAGGAGCGUGCAGAACUUUCCAGAGGCAAAACUGCUCACUAAUUGGACGAAGGCAGAAUCCCUCCCCCACCCGGUUUGGUCUGAGCAACAAAUUUGAAGCAGAGUUUCCUUCAUCGUUAACAGGAAAAGUUGCACCUGAGGAGUUCAAAGCCAGCAUCAGCAGAGUGAAUAGCUGUCUUAAGAAGAACCUUCCAGUUAAUGUCCGAUGGCUGCUCUGUGGCUGCCUUUGCUGCUGCUGUACUUUAGGUUGUAGUAUGUGGCCAGUGAUUUGCCUCAGUAAAAGAACACGAAGAUCGAUUGAGAAGUUAUUAGAAUGGGAAAACAAUAGGUUAUACCACAAGCUGUGCUUGCAUUGGAGGCUAAGCAAAAGGAAAUGUGAAUCGAAUAACAUGAUGGAAUAUGUCAUUCUUAUAGAAUUUUUACCAAAGACACCCAUUUUCCGACCAGAUUAGAAUUUGCUUUACUUUAGAGACUUAUCCAAGUAUGUUGUCUUUUUCCAAUGGUGCCUUGCUUGGUGCUCUCCUAGUGAUGAUAUAGCAUUGGUUCUACAGAAUCUUGUGGUGUUCUUCAUUUUCUUCUUUUGUAAUAGCAUGUUCAAAGUGCAUUUUGUAAAAUUUUGCAGAAGUCAUUUCAAGCAAAUUGUCAGUGUAUUUAUUUCCUGUCCCUUUUCUGUCAUCAAUGUACCUUGAUUUUUCCGGAGACUUUAUAUAUACAUAUAUAUAUGUAUGUGCGUUUCUGUGUAUAUAUACAUGUAUAGCUAUAAACAUAAAACCAAAAAUAGCUAUGUGAAAAGUUAUUUUAACCCCAUAUAAAUUGUUAAAAUUGGCAAUCACUUUAACCUAUGCACAUGCAUCUUCUCUGAAUCUACACAUUAUGCCAGUGACAUAUUUGUAUAUAUCAGGGGUUUUUCUUCUCCUUUCUGGAACAUAAAUUGGCCACCUCUGAGAUGACAAGCAGCAUUUCUUGAAACCCAAACUUUGAUUCACCAUUACCCUUUUCUCUGUUCCAUGAAAGCAUCCCAUCUACUCUGAAGAUGUUCCUCCCAAGAAACUUGAAAUUGGAUUGCUAUUAUUCUACUAGAAGAAUUUGUGGUAGAUUUGCAUGUGUUCAAUGGUUAAUACUGCUCAGGAUCAUAAAAAUCAUUAGUAUUUCAUAGAGGGCUUGUGCACAUGAAACAUUGAUCAAACCUGCUGUGGAUAAGAGACCCAGGGUUGAGGGGGAAUAGAAUUUGUGAUCCCCACACCUGCUCUCAAUCUCUUAAAUCAUGGUUAAAAAUAGACCAGUGUUAUAUGUGCACUAACUCUGUGUGUCUGUGUAUAUGUGUAUGAGAGAGAGAAAAAUUAUCUAUGUACAUACUGUGGCUAAUGCCAUGUAACAGCUUUACUGUUUUUAUUGUUUACUAAAUCUAAUAGUACACAAGGAUGCAAGGUUGUCACAUAUAUUUGUUAAAUAAAUACUUUGGUAGUUUGAGUUUUUGAAUGUUGCAAUGUUUGACUCCAGUCUAGAGAAAGUUAGUCUCGAGACCCAUUAAAGUUGAUGGGUUUAGUUAGUUGCGGCUAACUUUUAAAAUCCCAUUAAUUUCAAUGGGACUUGAGUGCAACUAACUUUCAAUAACAUUUAAAUUUUCCCUUUGGGUGGAGUCUUUGUAUGUAAAACAUUUACAACAUUGUAUCAGAAGCUAUGGCUGUGUUCAUGGUUUUUUACAUCUGUUUAUCAGAUGCGUAAAUUAAAAAUUGGCUAUUUGGAUGAAUAGUUUACUGAAUGUACUGGAUAAAUACUUAUUGCAUCCCAGCUUCUCUUCUCUUUUUUCAUGUUUCUAUGUUUACAUGGUUAGCUUUCUGUUUCUUUGUUUUUACUGUUUGCACAAGAAAGAAAUUUUAAAAUAUGGAUAUGUGAUAGUAUGCUUUGAUCAGGCCAGUUUUUAGUUUUUUGGCUGUGCAUAUCUUUUUGUAUUAUGUUUAAAGCCGACUUAAUGCAGUUGUUUCUGAAAAGCUUGUUUUUUUGGAUUUUAAAAUACAUGAACUACAACAUAUGUUAAGGGCCCACUCUUCAUGUGGCAGAGCAAUAAUGUGAAUAGCCGACAGAUGCAUCCUGCUUAAUGUUUGUAUUAUGAAAAGUUUGCCCUACUGCAAGAAUUCAAUUGUCCUUCAUUUAAAUACAAGUCUCACUUUACUGUCA